AUGGCGCCGAAGCUGCACGGGCGAGCCUUCUACGAGAGCAUCGGCUCACCCAAAUACGUCGUCGCGCCCAUGGUCGACCAGAGCGAAUUUGCGUGGCGAAUGCUCACUCGCUCCUUCUUACCGCCAGAUCUCCGAACCUCAAUUCUAGCCUAUUCGCCAAUGUUACACGCGAAGCUCUUCGCAGAUGGACCAAAAUAUCGAGCAGCACAUUUCGAGCCCCUGAAGCCACCUCUUGCGAUGCCAGAGCCUGCAGACAGUGAGCAUCAAAAGACGUUCAAAGAGGACGACAUGUACCUGGACGGCAACCCAAAGUUCGAUCGUCCUCUCUUCGUGCAGUUCUGCGCGAACGAUCCUGAAGCGUUCUUGAAAGCAGCAAGAGUAGUCCAGCCAUACUGCGACGCGAUAGAUCUGAAUCUCGGCUGCCCGCAAGGCAUUGCAAAACGCGGACAAUAUGGAGCUUUCCUACAAGAGAAUUGGGAUUUGAUCUAUAAGCUGAUCAAUACGCUGCACACGGGCUUGGAUAUCCCAGUCACAGCGAAGUUUAGGAUACAAGAGACGAAAGAGAAGACUCUGGAAUACGCGAAGAUGAUCCUUAGCGCUGGCGCGAGCAUAAUCACAGUACAUGGCAGGCAGAGACAUCAGAAAGGACAUGAGACUGGACUGGCUGAUUGGAAGAUGCUGCGGUUCCUGAGAGACAACCUGCCGUCUGAAACUGUCAUGUUUGCAAAUGGCAAUAUCUUGCAGUAUGACGAUCUGCAGAAUUGCCUGGAUGCCACAGGUGCCGAUGGCAUCAUGAGUGCGGAAGGGAAUUUGUACGACCCUUCGAUUUUUGCUGCGCCGCCUCCGGUUGGUCAGGAAGGUCGCGAAUAUUGGCGAGGUAGAGAUGGCAAAGGCGGGUACAGAGCUGAUGCUGUUUUGAGAAGGUAUCUCGACAUCAUUCAUGAGCACGUCUUGGGACGUGCGCCGCCCAAGAGAGAGCCGCUUUUCCUGCCUUCAGAUGCGCCGUUCGACGCGCCAGACACUGCCAACGAAGCAGCACAAACUUCAGAAGCACCCGUAUUGCCAGCAACAAAUGGUGAUGCUCCAGAGAAGUGCACUAACCCCAACCUUACAGCCAUGCAACCACACUGCUUCCACAUUCUGCGGGCGUUAGUCGGCUCUCAUCAUGAUGUGAGGGACGCUCUUGCUCGAUCACGUGCUGGCGACAUUGAUGCUUAUGAGAACGUCCUCAGUCUCGUCGAGAAAGCGGUGAAAGAAGGCUUGCUCGCCUACGAGAAAGAUCCUUCACAGUUUGAGACGCCGGAGGUCGAUGCAGAAGAGGAAGCGCUUGAUCCGGAGCUCUACAGUACAGCGGCCAUCCGGAGAUGUAAACGCCCCUUCUGGGUAUGCCAGCCUCACAUACGGCCUCUGCCUAAAGAGGCCAUGGAGAAGGGCAGUCUUCAGCUCAGCAAGAAGCAGAAGGCAAAGCUUGAAGCCGAAGGGUUAGAGAAGGAGAAAGCUGGACUAUCCGCCAACGGCAAAGUCGAGUCUAUUUCGAACGGUGAGCGAACGGCUGAGAUACCCAAGGAGGGCGUGGUUUGCGGCUAG